AUGCUACUCCUUCAACAAACCCAUCGAAUAUCGCUUCCCUUACUCCUACAAAUUCUCUUCUUCGCCGAAACAGCGUACUCCCACCACAACUUCUCAGCAACCCCCGAUGUCUGCGGCUUGUCCCUUCAUAAAUCCGACUAUCCUUUCCCCUUCAAGCUCUCAUUCGACUCCGCCCAUGUGGAAUGGUCCAUCCCCCAUCUUUACCCGCGACUACCCUUCUUUGGAGGAGGGGAGAUGGCCUCAGCUCGGGAGCAACACACGCUCAUACCCGAUGAGGACGCUGACGAAGAGAAUGGGACAGCGCCAUUAGCGGGGAUAGCACAGGAGUUGGUCAUGUGCUGUGGGGAUAACUGUCUUCAAGGAAGACUCAGUGCCGGUGUCUGGACAUGGUGGAGUGACGAGAGGAGGAGGGCGAAGUCAGAGCUGGUGGUAUGGUGGGCGCCUUGGCAUGAGCCGGUUAGGAUUGAGAUGCCUAUUAGUGCACCGGACAUUGUCUGGAUAGAGAUUAUCCGUCUUUCACGCAAGAAAGCUCAAGUGAUAUUUAAAAAGUACAUAAACCCCUACACCAACUUAACCAUCAAACUCCUCCUCGACAUCGCAACUGGCACUCGCCAAACAAACAUCACCGGCACUAUGCUCAUCAACAAUGGCUUGCGUGCUACACUGUUCUAUCCCUCCCCUCAUCAAACCGCAGCCCCCUCCCCCUCCAUUCUCGCUCAUUUUCCCCCGACAUCCCUCUUUAACAACCAAGCCACUUCCAACACCUCUAAUGAGGCUCAACAAGCAGGCGAUAACUCCUCCCGCCACAGCGCCCUUCCCCACACCUCCUCCUCCUCUCCCCCCUUUCCAUCGCCCAUGCCGGGAGAAAUCCCCGGAGGCCAAAUAUGCACCGACUCCAUCCACUGGCUCCUCACCGACCUGACAACCUACUUCCCCCGCUCUCUGCAACACCCGAACUCCACAUUCCCCGGAUUUACCCCAGUAUCGAUCACCAGCCACGGCGCAGGGUUUUGGCUUGACAUCUCUGAUGGUGAUGUCAACCCCGACGAUGACAACGAUUCGGACCUGGGGGAAGAUACUUCCUCUGAAUCCGUGUCUAACCCCCAGUUUCCUGGGCAUGAACACUCCGAUGAUGAGGAGAAUGACGACCAUCUUCAAGAGUCGGAGAAGAAGACAAACAAGGGUCCAAUCUGGCCACCGGUGAGGCUGUGGCAUAUUCAGAGGGAGAUACCGUACCGCGGGACGGUAGAGCUUUGUCGGGCAAAAGCAGUUGGGCGGGAAGAGGGGUAUGAAGAGGAUCCGAGGGAGGAAGGGGGGUUCGGUAGAGAGUGGGUCCUGGAAGGAGGGCAUCCCUGGGUUUGGAAGAAGAAUGUCCCGUCACGUGUUCAGAAUUUCUCUGUGGUUCUGUAG